GAGAGAGACGACCAACCAGGCGUAAAGCUAAUAAAAUCAUCCGUGGCGACAAUCCGUUCUCAAAUUGGCCUCAAUCGGGAACUGAGAAAAUUCACUCGCAGGCUUUCUUUCUCUCUCACACAUACACACACACGCACACAUACACACCCCACGGCAAACAUUUUUAGACUGCUAUGUCGUGACCGGAGCGAUGCAAAUGUCACACGAUUCACUGGCUACUGCCAGUCUCCGGCACAUAAACGUCAAUGUUUUGGUGGCCUUUGGAUGAAAUUCGCAUUUUUUGGUCCGGUUGCUGCCGUGGAAGGGGGUCGGUAGAGACCCGAGGCUGCGCGGGGCUCGUUUCAGCACCUGGACAGCUCCCCUCGCAGGGUUCCCCGCUGCGCUCGCCGGGGAAACCCUCGGCUGGGGAGCGGAACCGGGGAUCUGGAUCUGGACCGCACUUUAAAAAAAAAAAAAGGGGGGGGGGGGGGGCGAAGUGUGAUCGCUCCGACUACAUCUUAAAAGCUAAUAUGAUCUUGCCAUGUGACGAUGCUUCUUGCGUUCGGGCUUCAGCUCCUCUUUUGGUUUUGCACUGAAAUCCAAGCAGCGCAAGUGAGAGCAGCGGAAGCAGCAGCAGCAGCAGCGGCGGCAUCGGCGGUGCUCGUCCAAUGCAAAAGUGCUAAGGAUAGCUGCAGCCUACACACACUGCGAGCCUGCUGCUGCUUCACUUACUCUGAUCACCACCGAGGGAGACAUUACUAUCAGCGAGGGGGCAGCGGGAGGCUCAAUUACCCGUCAACAAUGUAAAUCUCACACAGGUUCAGCAUGAAAGCAGCAUCUCUCAGGUGGGAAGGUGAACUGCAGCACUAGAACAGGCAGAAGUGAGUGGAAACCUCGUGACUACUACCGCCACAUUUCUCCUCUCUCCAUCAUCAUGGCUAAUGCUGAGGAAGUGGAGCAGGCAGGUCUGUCAGACUUGGAGAUCAUCUCCCAGCCGGUGGAGGAUGAGAACCAGUGCCUGGCUCCUCCAGUGCAGCUCGUGAGUUUUGGCUACAGAGAUCUGCCUCUCGCCGCUCUGGACCUCUCUCUGGCUGGCUCACAGCUGCUCUCCAACGCAGAUGAAGACGAAAACAGGGAUGGGUCCAACUGGCUGAAGCCGUGCUGCGGGCGUCGAGUGGCCCUGUGGCAGGUCUGUCUGCUCAGCGCUGGCUUCAACUGUAUCCUGGUGGCCUGCGUCAUCCUGGUGGUGCUUUUCCUGUCGUUGGAGCUGCUCAUAGACACCAAGCUCUUACAAUUUUCCAAUGCGUUCCAAUUUGCCAGCAUUAUCCACUGGAUCAGCCUUAUCAUCCUGUCGCUCUUCUUUUCAGAGACUGUCUUCAGAAUCGUAGUGCUCGGAAUCUGGGACUACAUAGAAAACAAAGUUGAGGUGUUUGAUGGUGCUGUCAUCGUGCUGUCCCUGGCCCCCAUGGUGGCCUCUACGGUGGCCAAUGGGCCAAGCAGCCCCUGGGAUGCCAUCAGCCUCAUCAUCACCCUGCGCAUUUGGAGGGUCAAAAGGAUCAUUGAUGCAUAUGUGCUUCAAGUCAAAGUGGAGAUGGAACUGGAAAUCCAGCAGUGUGAGAAGACCAAGGCUGUGAGAGAGGAACAGCUGGAGCGUCUCACUCAGAUCUGUCAGGAACAGGCUUUUGAGAUCAGGCAGCUGCGGGCACAUCUAGCCCAGCAGGACCUGGACCUCGCGGCAGAGCGUGAAGCAGCCAUGCAGAUCCACCACGUCUGGGGCAAACAGGGCAGGAGUUUCCAGGUCGUAGAAGGUUUGACUCCCGGGGAGUCUGACGAUGAGGGUGGUCAGAGGAACCCCAGGGAGCCGUGUGCCACUGCAGACCCGGUUGUCCGUGAUGACAUGAACAACUACAUCAGUCAAUAUUACAGUGAAGCAAGCAGUGAUGCUGGAGUCUCAGGCUUAGGUGCCCGGGUCAUCACCACGGCAGCCAUUGACGUCCACCUCCCCGUCAGCACAAACCCUGCCCAGUCUAAUCCGAUGCUUGCCAUGGAGCGGGUGGGCAGCGCUGUGAGUGACGCCUCCACCAGCAUAUCACGGUCCAGUGGCAGCCUGACAGCCCGGCCGCACAGCCUGAGUAGCCACACCCCAGGUUCAUCCGUGACGGACUGCAGCAGCAGCACGGCUCAGGACCUCAGUCUGAGCUACAGCUCCCACCGCUGCCGCCCUCCUUCCCUCUCAGGCCAGGACCCAUGCAGGGACCCCAGCAUGGUGGUGCAGGAGCUGCUCUCCUCCCUCUCUGAGGACUCCUGCCUUGCUCAAAAGGGCCUGGCAGUAGACCCUGUCAACCUCAAGCUUCCCAGUCCCACUGGUUCAGAAAAUGCCAGCCCCGAGCUGGACAACAGAAUAAACAUCUUCAAUCGCAGGAACCAAGAGGAGAGGCGAGGCAGAGGAAGGGGUUGCGUGCUGUUGCAGACCAAGCCACUGAUCCACCUGCAGGGCAGCGCCACUGAGCCGUCUCUGGAGGAGAAAUACCGGCUACUAGGACCAGCUGACUCACCUCUGGGUCACAUGCCUGACACAUAAGCUACAAUUACACAGAAAUAGAGAUUUUAUUCUCUAUUUACUGCCAUACUAUUUGGCACAACUCUUAUGACAGGUCAACCCUCACGAGGGGAACCGUAGACGAUUUAUAAAUUGGAUAUUUCUGUUGCUGUGUAAAUCCAAUCUUAGCCAAUUUCGGAGCAGGCUUGAGCUGUAGCUUCCAGUUAACACUAAUGCUCCUUGACUCGAUGUGCUCAGAGGUCAGUAGUAGAGAUGACAACAAGAGUUCUUAGACCCUUUGUCAUACUGUCCACCUUCCCCUUUUCCCCCUGUAUGGAGUUUUUGAAAACAAGAAAUGCCCGGAUAUAGCACAACAAAGACAGUACCAUCCCAGUAAGGGGAAGCCUAAUGUGUUGUCAGACACAUUCUUCAUCAGGAAUUCUCACUUUGAAUAGGUCCUAAAUGCACUGAACUUUACACAAAUUAAAACCAGCAGAGGGCCUUUCAAGCCUAUACCGAACAAAAACAUAAAUGCUGAGCAGUGUUGCAAUCCAAGACACUGUUCUCUUGAAUUUCAAGCAGUUCAAGGAGUGUUUUCUAUUGCAUUUUGUUGUUACUUAGUUUCUUUUCAUUUGUAUGAUCAACUUUAAACAUGAAUUAUGCUGUUCUUUGUUCAAACAGACACAGGGUACGUACAGUAAGACUGGCUUAACGAUUCAGACAUUUUUCUUUUUUUUAACCUUUGUCACUCAUUUGUUUGAUUUGAAUCCAUUGUCAGACUUUAAUGAAUAGCGUUUUUUUUUUCUUUUACUUAAUCAAAAAAAAAUAUAUAUUGUUAGGGUAUAUUUGUGUGGAUGGAAUGAAAAAAGGUAAGUGACUGGACUCUUCACCUGAAACUAGAUUGGAGUGCUUGUAGCAUGAACCUUUAAAAAGAUAUGUGCCACAAAUGGCGAGCAAAUUCUUUGCACUUUAAUGUUUACAGACACUUUUGUAAACUUGAUAUAGAGGAUGAUAUUGCCAAAUGCAGGUGUGGUCAUUUGAAUGAAAAUAGCAAAAAUAAAAGUUAGUAUUUCCUUAA